CACAACGAACCGUAGAGGAAGCCUCGUCUCUAGGAUACAGAGGGAAGCGCUCCCGUUGGACUGAUGGGUAAUGCAGCCGAUGGAGCAUCUUCACCUCAAGCAUGUCUUGCAGACAGUAUGUGUACUGGAGGCAGUUGUCCUCCGCAGUUUUGGCCCAGAGGGAGGACAGGUGCUGUUCACUCGAGACACAGGACAGGCCAUGUUGAGCCGCAGCGGAACGCGCAUUCUCACAGCACUGCAACUUGAGCAUCCACUGGCUAGGAUGGUGGUGGAGUGUGUCGGGAAGCAUAACAAUGUAACAGGCGAUGGAUCCAAGACCUUUAUCCUACUGCUGGCGUCAUUACUAAGGAUGAUUCAUACCAUGGCCUGCAAGGAGCCUAAUGUGUAUCACACUUAUAACUCCAGGGAAGCAGCAGAGGCUGCCACUGCCAGACGCUUGGCUGAUGAACUGCUGGCAUUUGCACUGGAGGAACUGGAUGAUCUUAUCGCUGUAAGAGUGGUCCCUUAUGGACUCUGUGUUUCGUGGGAGGACAUCACUGCAAAAUCACAAUCACCAGCUUACACAAACUGUCAUUAUGCUCAAAAGCUGCUAGCAUCAUUCUUUCAUACUCGCCUUGGUCACACCCACUGUGACUUCAUAAGCAACCUCACCUGUGAACUGCUCAGGCACUGGAAGUUUAAAAAUGACCUACCUUCCUCUGUGCUUCAGUUUGUAAAUGACAACUUCCCUGCACUGCAUACGCCUGUAUUAGGCUUCCCUAUCAGCUGUUCACGUUUGGUUGAGGGGCAGGUCAUUCACAGGGACUUUGCUACGCCCUGCCUUCAGACUGACCACCAGCCAGUUAAAGCUGUAGUUUUCACCGGGUACCUGCAGCAAAAAUUGCUCGGUGCAGGAGAUGUGCUUAAGGUGGGACGUGGAGGCCAGGAGAUGGAGGCGAAUUCAAAGAAGGAGAAAAGUAUUGUGGAGUUCAGUGCCUGGUCAGAGCGGUCGCUAGAGUGUGUCAUUGAAAACCUACGGCGUUUGGGCGUCUCUGUGCUUCUGUCUGCAGUGAAACAGACUGCUGCUGUCCUGUCUUUAGCUGCUCAGGCAGAGAUGUGUGUUGUGGAGUGUAUCAGCGAAGAUGAGCUGUCUCUUUUCGCCCAUCUGAGUGGGACCACACCUGUCUUAGACUGCUGGAUGAUUGAACCAGUGAAUGUUGCCACUCUGACAUUUUGCCGCCCAAUACUACUGGGAGUCCAUAGAUAUGUCCAUGUGGCCUUUCAUGAUUUAGAGGAAAGGUUCAAACCCUGCAGUCUGGUCAUCUGUGGCCCAGGGGAAGGGCAAACUGACCAGCAUGCAUGUGCGUUUCAAGAUGCCAUCCGUAUGCUACUUACAACUUGCAGGCCCAUGGGUAUGACUGCAUCUACAGCAUCAAAAAGGACCUCACAGUCAAACAAAAGCACAUCUUUACACACAGAGGAUCACUCUAAUAAAACUGCCAACUCCUCCUCCAGUGCAUCAACCUUCCAGCAGGGUGCGUUGGAGCCAGGCUGUGUUAUACCUGCUGGUGGGACAUUUGAGUUUCUCUUAAAUCAUGCUCUCUUACAACAUGGCUACAGUCGCUCAGUUUCUGAUGGCACAAAAAUGGGGACCUCUUCUGUUUCCCAGCUCUUGGCAAAUGCUCUACUGAGUGUGCCUCGACAGAUCUACUCCCACAGUCCUCGACAUUUCCUGCAGAUUCAAACCAGGAUCCUCGGUUUUAGUCCAAAUCAUUCCCACACUCUCAGCCUCCCAUAUAAACAAGAACACAAAAUAUGCCUCAUACAUGGUUGUGGUACUAGUGAAUGUCCUCUAGAGGAUGGUAAAUCAAGCAUGCAUUGUUGUAGAAAGGCUGACGUGUCGUCAAAAGUUUUUAUGUUGGACUCGGGCCUUGAAUCUGUCUCCUGUAAAUACCAGUUGCUCCUGGCCGUGCUGCAGUGUGUCACAAGUCUACUCCGGGUGGACACGGUGCUGUACACUCACACCGCCUUGCACACACAGUCACGCAGACUUGCAAACAUUUCCUUGAAGGGCACAGAGGAUGAGGCUGAGGACUGAGAUUGCAUUGUAUCCCUUGCUAAAAGCCAUAAGCAUAUUUUCUCUCUGUACUUACUCAGGUAUCAUUCAAAAGUUGGAAAUUUGUACUUUUUUGCAGACUGCUAGAGCUACUUUUGUAUGGUUGCAGCAUUUUUUUGUUUGUCUCAUUGCAGAAUAUUUUUAGUCUAUUUAUUUGUAAAGCAAGUCUUUUGCACGCCUACAGAGAUUGUAAAUUACAUUUCAUGGCAGUCCUGUUGUGUGGUGCGGUUUAUAGGCCAAUAAAAUUUUAACGUGUCUCUACCAUUCUGUCUAGUCACAGAAUGUGCAGUUGUCUUUAAAUACUUUGUGUUGACUUUCUGUUGAAGUGAGUGAGUAACUGUUUAUCUUGGCUUCUUCCCUUUUGACUUCUCAUUAUGGUUCCUUUUUUGUUUUCAAACAUCUCUCUUCCUUAUCUCAGUUUUCCUGCCCUCUUCCUUUGUCCAGUAAACAAUCUUAUAUAAAAAGCAAACACACUGACCAACAUGGACACAUCGCCUCAGAAAUGCAUGCCUCCUUUUUAUAAUCAGUGUUAUCUCUAUAAUAGGGGUGGGGCAUCUGAACACCAACAUAAGGCUGUCAGCAACUGAAUCAAAGUGUACUUCCUUGUGCUGUAAUCAAAGGAACAAUAAGUCUAUUCUCACCUUAAUUUGGCGAACUAGUGAGUCAUUAGACAUAAAAUAGACCCACUAAAAUACAUAAAUAUGUACUGUUUGCUGCAAUCACUGUGUGAAACUAGUUUUUAAAUUUUCCGUAAAUUAAUUGUGACUCAGAAACAAAGACUGGGAAAUGCUUCUGCUUUGACGUGCAUGUCUCCGUGAGUCUUCAUGAGUCAUACUUGAUGGUUGCAAAUAUGAAAAGGGGGAAACCUUGGGGAGUAUCCGGAAUGUUUUUUUCCACAGCCCACAACCUGAGUGUUGUUUACCCUUUUAUCAAGGCACCCACACCCUGCUAACCCUUGUGUGCCCCUGAUAUCUUACAUCUUAUCUCUUAUCUAGCUUAAUGUAACAUGCCAGGAGUCAAUUUAAUAGUGAAGAUUUUGCUACAUAGUCAAUAAACUUUAGUCAGCGACUUGCUGAGAACAGGCUGAAAUAAAAAAUUAGAGCUAAUCUCUGUGUACUUGAGUGAUUGAGUGCCAUAGCAAAACACCCUCAGUCGACUUAGUAUAUUUUGGUUUAUUUGGCUGUCAUUAAUUUUUGUCUCUGUGAAAUAUAGUGUAUAUGGUAUAAAUCAAUCCAAUCUCUGUCAAAUGAAAAGCACAUUAUAAAAUAUAUAAUCAAACCACACAUACCUACGUCUAAGAUUAGAAAUGUUUUACAAAUUAAAAAAAAAAGCAUUUACAAAAAGUGACAAAAAAUGAAAGGCUUUUAAACAUGGGGAAAGAAAGGAAAGGAAUAAAUGAAAUGCUAUUACAAUGAAGAAACCGAGAUGCUACUCUUAUACCGAGCUGGUAAAAACCACAUCACUGCAGUUCACAGCUCGGCAUUCAGUUGGCUACUAGUCACCAUGGUUUGACUUCAGUGUUGUAAGAAAGAGGAACUGUAGAUUUUCAUUGGCUGCUGCUGUAUUGUGCUGAAGUGGUGGUGGUUGCAUUUUUUUUUGUGGCCCUGGACCACGAUUCUUCUUGCCAGUAGGUGACCCCGAGUGGUAUCAAUAGAAAUGUGAUCAGUAUACAAUAAUAUGAUCUUUUGUUUAGAUAAUUAGCAGUUCACAAACACUAAUUUCAAUCAAAUGACCACAAAUUACACAUUUCUGUACUACAUUGCCAUUGAAGCACAGUUGACACCCAUUCUAUGUUUGGGCCUAAUAACCACAUCGCAUCUAUCUAGUCCAGAAAGGUGGGCCUAAGUGUCAACAAUACAGUUAGAA